AUGCGGUCGCGAACGGCGUUGAGGCCGGACCCACCCGACGGCGAGCGUGAUGGACUUUCUCCUGGGCUGAGUCUGCCGGAAUGUGCUGAAGCUGUGGAGCCUGGAGGCGAAAGGAAGACCGUCGUGACAGUUGGUUACCAGCGGCUCCACGUACCAUCCCCAAUACUUCGACACAAGAACACUUACAUGACUGAAUCUUCGGUGAUGCCGAGAUCAAGGAUUCGUUCGAGAGAGCGAUCUCGGAGUCUUGCCCCUUGCCCAGAUGAAGUGCGCUGUCACACAGAAGGAAGAGCUAUGACCGUGCCGAAGGUCGUGGCUAGACAACGAGAAGGAGCGCCUGCAAGAGUUCGAUCCAGCGGCUGCGGACCUUGGAAAAGGUCCUCUCGCAGCCACGGUUGUCGGGACUUCCGACUGAGCACCAGUACGCUCGAGUCGAGUCAGCCAUCCACCAUGUCGUCGUCGGCAAACGGUUCUGAGCCAGACAAGGCACACGCUUUGGACGCUGCCAUUCCGGAAUCACCCUUGAAACGCCUCGAUCCUGACUCGAUUUUGGCCGACGAAGCCAAUCCCGAUGAUGUGCUCGGGAACGAAUCAUCCACCGACGCUUCCACCAAGCGCCUUUCCAGCAGUGGCAGUGGCGAUCAAGACGACGGAGCUGCCGCUCUCAAACGUGCCUCUGCAGCUUCUGCUAUCUUCAGCACCGACCAUUCGAAUGCAAACAGCGUCUCUCGCCCACAGUCUGAGUCGAUUCCAAUAGCCGACCAGGUCGGCCUUCAAUCAACGAAUGCAGAGAUUGCGGCUGCCGUAGCUACUUCGACGCCAGAGAGCAUGUCGCCCGAAGCGCUGCAAGCCCAGGUCAAAGAUUUGACGAACCAGGUCACCGGGCUUAACGAGAAGCUUGUUCGAUCCUUCAAUCGUGUCGCAGACCUCGAAGAUGACUACUCGGAGGCACAGGAAAGGAUACGCGGCAUGUCUGCCAAGAUUAAGGAGCUCGAAAAGGAGCGGUCAGAGCACCUCGACGCUCUCAACACCGGCCUUUUGGUCGAAAAGGCACACGUGAGCAGCGAAAUGCAGAGGAUGAUGGACCGUGUCAUCGAAGAGACGGCUCAACGUGGCAAAGCCGAAAGCGACAAGAGCAAAAUCGAGUCGGAACUUGACGAGCUCAGUUCCAGUCUGUUCAGCGAGGCCAACAAGAUGGUGGCCGUGGAGCGACUUUCGCGCGCCCGAGCCGAAGAGAAGAGUCGCAACAUGGAGGAGCGUCUCAAGGACACGGAGGGGAUCAUGCUUGAGCAGCAAAAGGUGCUGGCUGAUCUGCAGCGCCAGGUCGAGAAGCUGCAGAGUGGGUCCACCUCGACGAGUAACGCCGACGAUGGCGCAUCGAUCGUGUCAGUCGAGAGCGGGGCACUCAGCUUCCACCGCAUCAACACAUCGUCUUUGGCCCGGUCCAUCUCUCAGAGGACAGCAACGAAGGAGCGCAAUCACAAACCGUCUGCCGACCUUGCCGCCGAGGCCCGUCUCAUCAUCAACAUCGUCCCCUACCAGGAGUUCCGCUCUUUUAUCGCCCAUCUGCGAAAACUUCGCAAACAACUAGCCCCUUUCUACAAUUAUCCUCUCACGCAUGGCCGCGAAUCGCUGAAUGGCACGCCAACGCCCCGCACCGCCUCUCCGGCGCCGCAGCAAGCGGCUGACAAUUCGACAGCGACGGGCUCGAUCAACACAGCUGCCGCAGCCUACAGUCAAGGGCUUGGCAGUGCUGUCACCACAACAUCUCCAUUCGCCAUCGCCGGUGUCAGCCGACAUCGUGACUAUCCCACCCUUCCUUCCAGCGUGGACAACAUGGUCGCUCUUCCGAGUCAGCUUUCAUUGCCGUUCAUCAAACGAUCGCAGGAGGAGGAUGUCGAGCCUUGUCUACGACUCGAUUUUGCGCCCGGUCUCAACUGGCUCAGCAGACGCCAAGCUAACACUGCUAUCCUGGACGGAAACCUGGUGAUUGAGCCCAUCUUUUCGGGCAGCAAGUCAAUUGACGAAGACCUGAUCCGCCGAGAGAAUGCACAAUUACCACCAGCAGCGUGCGCUAUGUGCGGCAUCCCCGUCGUCAAUGUCCCUCUGCCGGGCGGCGUUGCCGCUACUGCCAUGUCAGCCGAACAAGGUGGCAAGACAUCGUUGGUGCCGAGCAGCAUCGCUACCGCGACAUCCAGUUGGGCGAGCUCAGCUGCAAGCUCCCUUGGCUCCAUCACUGGAUCCAGCAGUGGCAGCAAUUCCGGCACCAUCACGCCUAAGCCUUCUCGCGGUGGACUCUUUAGCUCAUUCAGAAAGUCUUCGACAAAUGUCAAAGCAGCAGCGGAAGCGGAUGCUGCUGCAAACGGCUCGGCGCCAACGACACCCGAUACCGACACGCAAGCCCCUUCGAUUUCUGAUGCAGUUGUGCCGGCGCAUUUGCCUGUUCCGACACACAUCUUCCGUCUCAGCGAAAGUUCACCAACACGGUACUUGCUCUGCCCGCAACAUUGCCUGUUACGAAUGCGCGCUGCUUGCCAGUACUGGGGCUUUGUCCGCAAUCUCGAACGCUCUGUCGUCCUCGAGGGCAAAUUCAUGGCUGAAGAUCAACAGCAGCCUUUGGCAGUCAGCACCGCGUCGCUCGAAUCCUCGAAGGAAGCUGCAGCAGCGCCGCCUCCAAAGAGCGAACAGGUCGCAACGUUGGAAAAAGCUGUCGCCGAUGCCGAGGCUGACGAGAAGACAGAGAGCGCUGGGGCCCAGGAAGCCAAAAAGUCGGAGGGGGAAGCAGAUGCAGCAGCUGCAGAGAAGGCAGCGGAUGGAGAAACCGAAGCAGAAAAGACGGAGGCUGAGAAGAUCAAGGAGAGAGCGGGUGAAGAGUCGAGCAGUGAAGCCGCUGCGGCUGAUGCUUCCAAGGCCGAAGCAGAAAACUCGGAAGGCACUGACGACAAGAAGGAGGAAGCUGCUACGAGCGCGACAGAGUCUUCCGAAGAGGACAAGAAGCCAGCGGGUGAAGAUGACGAUUUUGCCGAUGCGCCGUCGUCUCCGACCGAACCAAAACAAGUCGAGCCCGAGAUCAAGGUGGAAGACACGACGACAGACGCUGACAAGGUCGAAGCUGACGAUGUCUCCGCAGGCGCCGCAGCUCCGGCUGAAAUCACGCCAGCUGAUGCCAGCACGGCCGCUGCCACCGCUGUCUCUGCUCCGCCUCUCCCACCGCGCUCAGUGGCUCGCGGUGCAGGCUCCGGCGCCGCCUCCCCGGCUCCGGCCAUCCCUCCUCGACGUCAUCACACCCCCGGACCUCCUCUACCGCCUCGCACUCCCAUCGCCGCUGCUGCACCGCUGCCACCGCCAGUGACCGCACUCUACCUCGAUAAGCUGGACACGAUGGAGUGGGAAGACAAGAUGUGGACCGAAGUCACCAAGCUCAAAGAGGAACUGUGGCGAGCGAGGAUCGGGUUGGUCACGGAGGACGGCGAGACGGCGUGA